AUGAGUAGUCGUCGCAGCGCUAUCCUCGCUGCCAUAUGCUUGAUCUUCAUAUUCGCCUUGUAUCAUGUCUCCAACGUGCCGGGAUCAGCAUCGACCGCCGUAGUGGGACAAGAAACAGUAGAGAAAGCGAUAACGUCAACGCCCACGACGGAGAAAGGAAAACCCCCAUUGCCGCGGCCUACAUCUGAGAAAGAGACCUCGAGCACCGAGGUCCUUUCACCUGAGGUCUUAACUUAUUUUGACCAGGUCUUCUCAGCCGACAAGCCCAAAGCGUACGACUUUCCCGCCCUCAAAGCCGCGUGCGAGCAGACGAAAUGGGCUGAAGACGAGGUUUACCUUCAAUGCGGGGGCAUGUCGGCCGGUUUGACAUCCAUCAUGUCGCAAAUCAAAGUCUGUCUGAAAAUGGCUGUUGAGGCAGGGACUAGCAUUGUCUUACCAUCAAUGCCUCUCCGUGACUCGAAAGACUUGCAAAACUUCAACUUCAUGAACGGUGAUGCGUACUUGACCUAUGAAGAAUGGUUCGACGCAUCGCAUCUUGUGGAACAAAUCGGGCAUUACUGCCCGAAGAUGAAAAUUCUGCACCCCAUUCAGCUGGAUGGUCAAGGGGCCAGCGGUGUUGCGGUGAAGAACAAAUGGUCGAUUGAUCUUGGGAAAGCUCCCGGGUUCCAGGUAUUCUCGAGCUAUUUCUGGGCCGGGCGACCCUUCAAGGCCUUUUUUGAACAGCAGUACAGCGAUUUGGAAGGCAUGGCAUCCUUGAGCCCAGACCGGGACGAGACGAGGAAAGGCAUCACGGUCAUCUCCAUCGCGUCCUCGUUCCUGCUCUUCAGGAUCACCGACGAUCCCACGGGCCAGGAUCUGAGACUGUGGAAUGAUCUCGGACAGCUGAUCCGAUUCCGCGAUGCGCCGCGCAAGAUUAUCAGCAAACUGCUCCCGCUUAUGGAACGGCCUUUCUACGGCGUUCAUUUCAGGGCUGAGAAUGAUACCAUUUGGAGCUCGCCCGAAAGCCAACUCAAACUUGAUCUCGAGGCUCUGGAUACCGCGUGGGCUAAAUACGGGACGCCGACUGGACAGAAGCCUCUAGUCUAUCUAGCCUGUGGAGAUCAAGACCAGGUAGAAAUGUUCGCGACAGCCGGGAAGGCGAAAGGCUGGGACGUGACGCACAAGUGGAAGCUAGCUCAAGGGAACGCAGAGGUUCUGAAGAUGAUCAAUGACCUCGCGUUUGAUUUCCAGGGGGCUGUGGACAUGGGAAUCAUGAUAAAGAGCCACUUUUUCUUGGGUAUUCAGGGAAGUGCCUUCUCGUCUACUGUUGGAAAUGCGAGGGAUGUGACGGGAAGGUAUAGGGGGAGUUCAUUUACGGUCUACGAUGACGGGAAUGCGAGGACGCAUUUGUUUAACGAUGGGGAUGCGAGCACUUAUGCUUGCUGUUUAUGA